GGGAUGGGAGGAAUGGGAAUGGGGGGUAUGUAUCCUGGAAUGAUGGGAAUGGGCAUGGGACCUAUGAUGGGAGGAGGUUACGGGAUGCCGCGGUACCCUCCAGGAGGGUGAGGAAUUUUCUUGAACGCAUUGAAAGAGGUAAGCAGAGCAAUGCUCACCAACAGGGCGUAUGGAAUGGGAAUGGGUGGAAUGGGCAUGAUGGGAGGUUAUCCUGGAAUGGGAAUGGACCCAUAUAUGAACUUCGGUGCGCCUCCAGCCGCAAACUUCGUCGAUGACUUCCCCGAUGCGCACAGGAUAGAACAUGCUUACCGACAAUCUAUGCCAGAUAACUACGGUGUCGGUCUCGGAAUGUACGGCGGUCUCGGCGGUGGUAUGGGUAUCAACAACAUGCCCGGAAGUCAGAUGCUAUUAUAUGGUCGUGGAAUGUACCCGGGAUGGUACCAGUAAAUCAAGACGCGAACAGAAUAAAACGAGGUGUGAAGAUAUCGAUUUCAUCAAUGUAGUGCCAAUGACAAUGUACGUUUACGAGUAUCC